CUUCUUUUCCAUCCUUACAGCCUGUCCACGAAGAUGAUGUCGUCUUUUACAAGAGUGUAGAUAAUGGACCACCACUCCGCUGUGUUGCAAAACUCCGAUACUCAAUUUCCCCACAAGUCACGGGUUCCCUUGUCAACCUUGACUGCAAGCGAGCAGGAAAGAAGAACUGGGAUAAUGACAUGAGGAACGGGAUGUCAACAACAUUGACUUCAAGCUCUUCCACGGGCUUCUCCUGUGAUGACGUGUUCCCUGCACCCUGGUGGCCUGAGAGUUGGGAUAGCAUGAUCGGAAAUUGCAGAAAUGCGCACGUAUCUCCUUCGAACAUGCCGUCAUCUACGAAUGUCUUCUCGUCCUUUUCUGAGGAUUGUUAUUGUUUCUCAUCAUCAUCAAUGGAGGAAGACUGUUACUGCCAUUCCUCCUCAGCAGCCAUUGCCACCGAACCGAUUGACUGUCUGUGUGAAGAGAGCAGCAGCAGCAGUUCCUCAGGUAUAGACUGUCUGUGUGAAGACUCAAGCUCAUCUUCCUCAUAUGAGCCUGACUGCCUUUGUGAACCAUUCAGUAGCAGCAGCUUCAGCAGCAGCUUGGAUUGCCUUUGUGAACCAAGUAGCAGCAGUAGUUUCAGUAGCAGCCUAGACUGUCUUUGUGAACCAAGUAGUAGUAGUAGCUUCAGUAGCAGCCUAGACUGCCUGUGUGAGUCUAGCAGCAGCAGCAGUUCAAGUUCUUCAAGUUCAUCAUCAAGUUCCAGUUCAAGCAGUUCCAGUGAGUCAUAUUCAUCCUCUUCAAGCAGUUCUAGUUCAAGCAGCUCCAGCACCAGCAGUUCUAGUUCAAGCAGUUCAAGUUCAAGCAGCUCUAGUUCAAGCAGUUCCAGCUCAAGCAGUUCUAGUUCAAGCAGCUCUAGUUCAAGCAGUUCCAGCUCAAGCAGUUCUAGUUCAAGCAGCUCUAGUUCAAGCAGUUCCAGCUCAAGCAGUUCUAGUUCAAGCAGUUCUAGUUCAAGCAGUUCAAGUUCAAGCAGCUCUAGUUCAAGCAGUUCCAGCUCAAGCAGUUCUAGUUCAAGCAGCUCUAGUUCAAGCAGUUCCAGCUCAAGCAGUUCUAGUUCAAGCAGUUCUAGUUCAAGCAGUUCUAGUUCAAGCAGUUCUAGUUCAAGCAGUUCAAGUUCAAGUAGUUCUAGUUCAAGCAGUUCCAGCUCAAGCAGUUCUAGUUCAAGCAGUUCCAGCUCAAGCAGUUCUAGUUCAAGCAGUUCUAGUUCAAGCAGUUCUAGUUCAAGCAGUUCCAGCUCGAGCAGUUCUAGUUCCAGUAGUUCCAGCUCGAGCAGUUCCAGCUCAAGCAGUUCUAGUUCAAGCAGUUCUAGUUCAAGCAGUUCCAGCUCGAGCAGUUCUAGUUCCAGCAGUUCUAGUUCAAGUAGUUCUAGUUCAAGCAGUUCAAGUUCAAGCAGUUCUAGUUCAAGCAGUUCAAGUUCAAGUAGUUCUAGUUCAAGCAGUUCCAGCUCGAGCAGUUCCAGCUCAAGCAGCUCUAGUUCAAGCAGUUCUAGUUCAAGCAGUUCUAGUUCAAGCAGUUCCAGCUCGAGCAGUUCCAGCUCAAGCAGUUCUAGUUCAAGCAGUUCAAGUUCAAGUAGUUCUAGUUCAAGCAGUUCUAGUUCAAGCAGUUCUAGUUCAAGUAGUUCCAGCUCGAGUAGUUCCAGCUCAAGCAGUUCUAGUUCAAGCAGUUCAAGUUCAAGUAGUUCUAGUUCAAGCAGUUCUAGUUCAAGCAGUUCCAGCUCAAGCAGUUCUAGUUCCAGCAGUUCAAGUUCAAGCAGCUCUAGUUCCAGCAGUUCUAGUUCAAGCAGUUCCAGCUCAAGCAGUUCUAGCUCGAGCAGUUCAAGUUCAAGCAGCUCUAGUUCCAGCAGUUCUAGCUCAAGCAGUUCCAGCAGUUCAAGUUCUAGUAGUUCUAGCUCAAGCAGCUCCAGUUCCAGCAGUUCUAGUUCAAGCAGUUCAAGUUCAAGCAGCUCGUCAAGCAGCAGCAGUUCUUCAAGCAGCAGCAGUUCAUCAAGCAGCAGCAGUUCUUCAAGCAGCAGUAGUUCCUCAAGCAGCAGUAGUUCCUCAAGCAGCAGCAGUUCCAGCAAGGGUUCCUCGAGCAGUAGUAGUUCCUCAAGUAGCAGUAGUUCUUCAAGUAGCAGCAGUUCGUCAAGCAGCAGCAGCAGUUCCUCAAGCAAUAGCAACUCCUCAAGUAGCAGUAGAUCCUCGAGCAGUAGUAGCUGCUCAAGCAGUUGUAGCUCCUCAAGCAGUAGCAGUUUCUCAAGCAGUAACAGCUCAUCAAGCAGUAGCAGCUCCCCAAGCAGCAGUAGCUGCUCAAGCAGUAGCAGCUCCUCAAGCAGCAGCAGCUGCUCAAGCAGUAGCAGCUCAUCAAGCAGCAGCAGCUCUAGCAGCUCCUCGAGUAGUAGGAGCUCAUCAAGUAGCAGCAGGAGCUCCUCAAGUAGUAGCAGCUCCUCAAGUAGCAGCAGCUCCUCAAGCAGUAGCAGUUCCUUAAGUAGCAGCAGUUCCUCAAGCAGUAGUAGCUCCUCAAGAAGCAGCAGUUCCUCAAGCAGUAGCAGCUCCUCAAUCAGCAGCAGCUCCUCGAGCAAAGCAGCUCCUCGAGCAGUAGCACCUUCUCGAGCAGUAGCAGCUCUUCGAUCAGGAGCAGCUCCUCAAGCAAGCUCCUCGAGCAGUAGCAGCUCCUCGAGCAGUAGCAGUUCCUCGAGCAGUAGCUGCUCCUCGAGCAGUAGAAGCUCCUCAAGCAGUAGCAGCUCCUCGAGCAGUAGGAGCUCAUCAAGUAGCAGCAGCUCCAUGAGCAGUAGGAGCUCCUCAAGUAGUAGCAGUUCCUCAAGUAGCAGCAGCUCCUCAAGCAUAGCAGCUCCUCGAGCAGUAGCAGCGCCUCGAGCAGUAGGAGCUCCUCAAGUAGUAGCAGCUCCUCAAGUAGCAGCAGCUCCUCAACCAGUAGCAGUUCCUCAAGUAGCAGCAGUUCCUCAAGCAAGUAGCAGCUCCUCAAGCAGUAGCAGCUCCUCGAGCAGUAGCAGCUCCUCGAGCAGUAGCAGCUCUUCGAGCAGUAGCAGUUCCUCAAGUAGUAGCAGCUCCUCAAGUAGCAGCAGCUCCUCAAGCAGUAGCAGUUCCUCAAGUAGUAGCAGUUCCUCAAGCAGUAGCAGCUCCUCAAGUAGCAGCAGCUCCUCGAGCAGUUGUAGCUCAAGCAUUAGCAGCUCCUCAAGCAUAGCAGCUGCUCAAGUAGCAGUAGCUCCUCGAGCAGUAGCAGUUCCCGAAGCAGUAGUUGCUCUUCAAGCAGUAGCAGUUCCUCAAGAAGUAGCAAUUCGUCAAGCAGUAGCAGGUCCUCUAGCAGUAGCAGCUCCUUGA